GCGGGGCCGCGUCACCGGCCUCGGCCACACCAUGGGGAGCCCGCGCCUGGUCCUGCUCUGCGCCGCCCUGGCCGGCCUGCCGGUGCUCUCCAGAGCCCUGUUCCUCCACCGGGACCGCGCCCACCAUGUCCUGGCGAGGACGCGCAGGGCCAACUCCCUCUUCGAGGAGAUGAAGAGAGGCAACCUGGAGCGGGAGUGCCUGGAAGAGACGUGCUCCUACGAAGAGGCCCGCGAGGUCUUCGAGGACACCGACAGGACGAAUGAAUUCUGGAACAAAUACAAAGACGGCGACCAGUGUGAGAGCAGCCCUUGCCAGAACCGGGGCUCCUGCCGGGACGGCCUGGGGGAGUACACGUGCACCUGCGAGGAGGGCUACGAGGGCAAAAACUGCGAGUUCUUCACACGGAAGCUCUGCAGCCUGGACAACGGAGACUGCGAACAGUUCUGCCAGGAGUCCCAGAACGCGGUGGUGUGCUCCUGCGCCGCGGGCUACACCCUGGGGGACGACGGCAAGGCCUGCAUCUCCACAGAGCUCUACCCCUGUGGGAAGAUUACCCUGCGGCGCGGCAAGCGGUCGGCCCCCUGGGCCACCAACAGCAGUGAGGACGUCCUGGAGGCCCUGGACUGGGCGGCGCUGGACGACCCGCCCCCCACGGAGAGCCCCGCCCACCUGCUCAACCUCAGCCAGACCAGCUCGGAGAAGGACAGGAGGAACCUGGGCCGGAUCGUGGGUGGCCGGGACUGCGAGGUCGGCGAGUGCCCCUGGCAGGCUCUCCUCAUCAAUGAAGAGAAUGAAGGGUUCUGCGGUGGCACCAUCCUGAACGAGUUCCACGUGCUGACGGCCGCCCACUGCCUCCACCAAGCCAAGAGGUUCAAGGUGAGGGUAGGGGACCGGAACACGGAGCGGGAGGAGGGCGACGAGGCCGUGCACGAGGUGGAGGUGAUCAUAAAGCACAACAAGUUUGUGAAGGAGACCUACGACUUCGACAUCGCCGUCCUCAAGCUGAAGACGCCCAUCGCGUUCCGCGUGAACGUGGCCCCCGCCUGCCUGCCCCAGAAGGACUGGGCGGAGGCCACGCUGAUGACGCAGAAGUCGGGCAUCGUGAGCGGGUUCGGGCGCACGCACGAGAAGGGCCGCCAGUCCGCCACGCUGAAGAUGCUGGAGGUGCCCUACGUGGACCGCAACACCUGCAAGCUGUCCAGCAGCUUCGCCAUCACGCAGAACAUGUUCUGCGCGGGCUACGACGCCAAGCUGGAGGACGCGUGCCAGGGCGACAGCGGCGGGCCCCACGUCACCCGCUUCAAGGACACCUACUUCGUGACUGGCAUCGUCAGCUGGGGGGAGGGCUGCGCCCGGAAAGGGAAGUACGGCGUCUACACCAAGGUCGCCGCCUUCCUCAAGUGGAUCGACAGGUCCAUGCGGGCCAGGGGGCCGCCCGCGCCCGAGACCCCGGGGUCCACACCGCCCCCCUCAUUAAACGGCCGCCCUCCCGGCCCACCGCGCGCGUCCACGUCUGCGGGUGUUGAGCGUCGACACGGGAGCCGGGAGGCGCUGCAGCAACCGCCCGCCCCCGUGCCCCCAUCUGCCCGCCCCCCGUGCCCCCAUCUGCCCGCCCCCCGUGCCCCCAUCUGCCCGCCCCCCGUGCCCCCAUCUGCCCGCCCCCGUGCCCCCAUCUGCCCGCCCCCCGUGCCCCCAUCUGCCCGCCCCCCGUGCCCCCAUCUGCCCGCCCCCCGUGCCCCCAUCUGCCCGCCUCCCGUGCCCCCAUCUGCCCGCCCCCCGUGCCCCCAUCUGCCCGCCCCCCGUGCCCCCAUCUGCCCGCCUCCCGUGCCCCCAUCUGCCCCCCCCCCGGCCACCCUCCCCCGGUGGUGGAGGGAACUCCGCGAGACUCUCUCGGCUAAACGGCUGCCGGGCCGGGGGCUUCCCCCUCCCCGCUGGGCACGCUCCCUGCACGACCUUCACCUGUGCGGCACGGGCACGCCACGGAACCGGAGGCACCGCAGAGAGCCCGCAUCCUUGUUGGGCAAGGGCAAGAGUCUGCUUGAGGCCCAUCCAGAAAAGAGCCCAACUCGGGACGUCCUGGAGGGGAGGUGGGAGCCGGGGCGGGAUCAGCCCUGCAGUGCGCCCGGGGGCCACCCCACCAGCCGGGACUCCAGGGAGGCGCACCCCUGUCCAGAACAGCAAUCCCUGCGAACGCGAGACCUCGAAGACAGAGGGCAGCAGAGGAAAGAUGGCGAGGAAGAGGGCUCGCCAUCUCCCCACGAGCGUGAGGAGCAGACUUGCACACCACGGUCGCCACCCACAGCCGGGGCACCGCUGCCAGGACCCCACAACCAACCUCAGUAUCAGUCAUGA